AGCUUCUCUAAUGCUCUCACUAAAAACAUUGUGGCCAUGCUGGUGUGGCUGGCGCUCAGCAUCAUCAACGGCAGCAUGGUGCACACCUUCCUCAGACACAGUCUGUUCUACGAGAACCCUCGAUACAUCAUGUUCAUCUGCAUGGUGAUCAACGACGCUCUGCAGCUCAGCUUGGUGACGGCUCUCUACGUGGUCAGCUACAUCUUCAGGAAGAUCCACGCCUCUGUCUGCUGCUUCCUGAUCAUGACCGCCGUCCUCACCACCCGCUCCACCCCUCUCAUCCUGGCUGGCAUGGCAGUGGAGCGUUACCUCGCCAUCUGCUUCCCCCUGCACUACAGCCAGAUGUGCACCGUCCCCCUCACCCUCCUCCUCAUUGGAAUCAUCUUCAUCCUCACCUUCGCCCCUCCCCUCACUGACCUCCUCAUCACCAUCGUCUACGAGCCCCUCAGCUUCUUCCACAGCACCAUCUUCUGUGACCACCCCCUCCUGUUCCGCCAUCGCUCCAUCUACUACAAGAACUGCGUGUUUGACGGCGUGUACCUGUCCUUUGUCGCCCUCACUCUGCUCUACACCUACUGCAAGAUCAUGCUGACCGCACGGGCCGCCUCCAACGGGCUGGCCUCCGUCAACAGAGCCAGAAACACUGUGCUGCUGCAUGGGGCGCAGUUGCUGCUAUGUAUGCUGGCCUUUGUGGUUCCCUCCCUGCAGGCCGCCCUCAUCUCUCUCUUCCCUCGCUACAGCCUGGAGAUCCGUUACAUCUUCUUCCUGGUCGUCUACAUCAUCCCUCGCUUCCUGAGCCCAGUCAUUUAUGGUUUCAGGGACAAGCUUUUCAGGAAGUACUGGACCCGGUACCUGCUCUGUGGGAGUAGGUGGAUCAACAGGGUCCGACCGGUGUUAUUGAAAGUCAACCUCUAG